GCAGGGGCGGACUGACCUUUAGGGUACUUGGUCACUGCCCGAGGGCCCGGGGUCAGUAAGGGGCCCCAUGAGAUGCCCCUGGUACCUUUCAUAGGCUUUUUUGGGUUGUGGGCAAGGACACAGGGGCCCCAUGAUCCCCUAUUGCCUGGGGGCCCCAUGAGUUAUCAGUCCGCCCCUGUACUAUACUAUAGAACAUAUAAUAUUAUAUGACUAUACUAUACUAUACAACAAUUCAGACAAUAUACAA